AUGACACCAUCUGAGUAUUGUAAUCAAGACCAGCCAGGUUUAUUAGGUUUAGAUGAACAUCAAAGACAAACCAUUACACAUAAUUCAACCCCAAAAGAAACAUUUUUGGGGCUUCUGUAUAACCCGUCUAUACCUCACCCCUCAGCUGAAGUUACAAUUCAGGAUGACCAGCUUGGGUUAGAGCCUGAGGAGGAGUAUGAAGAUCCCACAGUCAGAUCACAGAAUGCUUCCUAUGAAAAUGAACAAUGGGAGCCAUGUGAAACAUGCAAGCUGGAGGUACAGGCAUUACUUAAAGAGAAUAAGAUGAUGAAAGAUGUGCUUUCCAGCAUGAAUCUUGAACACCUACAGGCACUCAGAGACUUUAUAGACAAGAUGGAAGACUACAAAUCACGUGAAAGUGGGGUGCUGAUGCCUCAAACCAGACCUGGCCAACAAGAACUUUACCCAGACAGUGGGCUGCUCUUGUCCUCUACCAAACUAGCAGCUAUUCACCAAGAGUCAAAGAAGGACUGUCUUUGUCUUUUCCAUCUACUGUUUGAUCAGUUCUUCACUCAUGAAGAAUGUUCAAACUCUGUAGCAUUUGGAAAGCAUGGCAAAGUCCCAGAGGGCAAGACAAUUUGGAUAAAAAGAAUUCAGGGCUCUGUCGAGACUGUCUUGUGUGAACUCAGAGAUGAAAUGUACAUAGUGGAGCAACUGGCCGCUAUAAGACAGAAACUUGUGGAUGAAAGCUGCGAAGAGGUCGUUUAUGACGCAGUUGAUGCCAGGAAAGCCUGCCUGCCUACUUCUACAUCUGAGACCGACUUACCGAAGGUGGUACCACCGAAAGAGAAGCAACUGGAACAGUAG